AAUAGGAUGUGGGACAAGAACUGGUUUAGUCACGCCAAUCGCUUGUGAAAGAACAAACCUCAGUGAAUUAGGUUUUGUUGACUCAGUUGAGUUGUUCAGAUGAGCAGAAACACAACAUCAUCCAAAUAAGCAUUUGAUCUACGUUGAAGACACAAUAUGAUCUUCAUUACUGCUGAAAAACGACAUGUUGUUUAUUAUUUGUUAAUAGGUCUAUUGAGUCUACCACUGCUUACAGAAUGUAGCAAAAUUAGGCUGGUCGGGCCUUCACGUUGCUCUGGUAGAGUGGAGGUCAACUACAGAGACGCAUGGGGAACGGUGUGUGACGAUCACUGGAGCAUUACCAACGCAGAGGUGGUUUGUAAAGAGUUAAACUGUGGCACGGUUCUUGAGGCUAAAAUAGGCGCCUUUUUUGGAGAGGGAGAUGGCAUGAUCUGGUUGGAUGAUGUGCAGUGUACUGGUAGAGAGUCUUCUAUCCUCAAGUGCCCACACAGAGAUAUGGGGGACAAUAACUGUGGCCACGGUGAAGAUGCUGGGGUUGUCUGUUCAGACCAUGUGCGGGUGGUCAACGGAAGCAACCGCUGUAAUGGCAGAGUGGAAGUCUACAAUAAUGGCAACUGGAAAAAGCUGUGCAGCAACGACUGGAGCAAGAAAGACACUGACGUGAUAUGCCGAGAGAUCAACUGCAGCCCUCAGGUCGCUCAGGCUCAAAUACAAUAUUUCGGAGAGGGACCUAAACUUGAUAGCGUCAAAUCCAACUGUUUUGGAAACGAGAGCUCCAUCUCACAGUGCUCAAUUCAGGGAAGCACGGAUGGCUGUGUUGAUGCCACCGUUGUCUGUAAUACCAAUCGACCAAUUCGUCUGAUGAAUGGCACUGGUCGGUGCUCCGGCCGACUGGAAAUCUAUCACAAUGGACAGUGGGGAACCAUUUGUGACGACAGAUGGGGGAUGCAGGAAGGAACUGUCGCAUGUCAAGAGCUGAACUGUGGGAGUGCCCUCUCGGUCAAGUACAAUGCCCACUUUGGCCGAGGUCACGGUCAGGUGUGGUUGGACGACGUUGAGUGCACUGGUCACGAGAAGUCCCUCUCCGACUGCCCACACAGAGUUUUUGGAGAACAUGACUGUGACCACAAUGAAGAUGCCAGUGUUGUAUGCUCAGAAUCUAUCAGAUUGGAGAAUGGGACUGACCGCUGCUCUGGCAGAGUGGAGGUCUACCAUGACGGCCAAUGGGGCAAAAUAUGUAACAACUGGGGCAAUAAAGAGGCUGCAGUGGUGUGUGAGGAACUCAAUUGUGGAUUACCAAAAAAAAAACAAGAAAUCUUCCAUUUUGGUGACAGCGGACUGAGAGGGUACACAAGUAGAUGCUCUGGCAAUGUGAGCUCCAUCGGCCAAUGCACACUCCAAGAAUACACAGGGAAAUGUGAAGGGGCUUCUCUUUCAUGUGCAGAUAGUCAACAGCUAAGGCUUGUCAAUGGCACUGACCGAUGCUCUGGUAGAGUGGAGAUUCGUUAUGACAACCAGUGGGGAACAGUGUGUGAUGAUGAUUGGGACAUCAAAGAUGCUCAGGUGGUGUGCAGAGCCAUGGACUGUGGAACGGCUCAGACAACCAAAAUUGGUUCAUUCUUUGGUCAAGGCCAAGGGGACAUCUGGCUGGACGAUGUAGACUGCUUCGGUAAUGAGACGUCCCUUAUUCAUUGUCGACACCCCAGCGUCGGAGAAAAUAACUGUGGCCAUGGUGAAGAUGCUGGUGUGGUGUGCUCAGCUAACAUUAGACUGAUCAAUGGGACUGACGGGUGCUCAGGCAGGUUGGAGUUCUACCAUGGUGUACAGUGGGCAUCCGCAUCCAGUGUUAACUGGGGAAUGAAUGAAGCUGCAGUCGUGUGCAGAGAGAUGAACUGUGGAGAUCCCGUCAGCUUAUCAGAAUCAUAUGGUGAAGGCGGAACACCUAAGUGGUAUAGGGUCAGUUGCAGCGGUAGAGAGAGCUCUCUCACACAGUGCACACUGGUAGAAUAUGUCCGGACCAGCCAGGACCGCACAACAGAGGCAUCUGUCAAAUGUUCAGGUAAUGUGAAGUUGUCCGAUGGGCCCAAUCGUUGUAUUGGAAGAGUGGAGUUAUUUGACAAAGGCCAGUGGGGCACCGUGUGUGGUGAAUCCUGGGAUGUGAAUGACGCAAAUGUAGCGUGCAGACAGAUGGACUGCGGGAGUACCCAUAAGAUUACCAACACUGCCGAGUAUGGCCACGGCACAGGACAGACCUGGCACAAUCAAAUCGAAUGCAGCGGAUCGGAGUUAACACUGAAUCAGUGCCCUCAAAGACCUUUUACAAACAAAACUUGCAACACCACCUCAAUUGCUGGUGUCCUCUGCACGGGAGGUCUGGAAGUCCGCUUGGCAAAUGGUAAGGACGAAUGCACUGGCAGAGUAGAGGUCCGUCAUGGCGACGUGUGGCAAACGGUGUGUGACACAGACUGGACCAUGACUAAAGCUCAGAUGGUGUGUGAUCAUCUGGAAUGCGGAAAGGCAAUGAACGCUCCCGGCGGUGCCCACUUUGGCCAAGGCGUUGGAUCGGUGGUCGAGGCUAGCAAUUCGUGUUUUGACAACGUGACAUCUCUUGAGCAAUGCUCACUCAGAGGUUUCAGAGAAGCCGGGUGUGGGCACGACCGUGAUGCUGGUGCUCUCUGUGCAGCUCAGAUUCGGUUGGUCGGCGGCUCAAGUCAAUGCUCUGGUAGAGUGGAGAUCUUCUAUAAAGGCCAGUGGGGAACUGUGUGUGACGAUGAAUGGGAAUUGGCCAAUGCCGAUGUGGUAUGUCGACAGCUUGGCUGUGGUCAUGCAGUUACUGCUCCAAAAAGUGCCCACUUUGGCCGAGGCACUGGUCCAAUAUGGCUGGAUAAUGUGGAGUGUACAGGCGACGAGUCCGCUCUCACACAUUGUACGCAUCCCGGUUUUGGAGAAAAUAACUGCGGGCACAGUGAAGAUGCUGGCGCUGUCUGUUUAGGUUCUCUCCAGAAGCCCCAAAUCAUUUUGAGUCCUGCUCCAGCAGUACACUGGGGGGAUAGAAUUGAGAUCACGUGCACUAUAGUAACAGAACAAUUGGGUGGGACAUUCGUCCUGAAAAGGAGCCAAGACUCAUUUAAAAUGGAAAAAUUCUCUGAAAACGAAGCUGCAACCUUUACCUUCCCCACAGUGGACUUCAGCCAAACGGGGUCAUACUUCUGUGAAUAUCAAAAGAAAUUGCCCAAUCAAAUCAUCUUUUAUCCUCAAGGAAAUACUGCAGAUCUCUCCAUCACAGUGAAACUGGAGAAGCCCAGCCUCUCCCUGACAUCUCCUCAUGCAAUGGUGAUCUACAGCCCCGAGAAAAUAUCGGUCACCCAAGGCAGCAGCUUCUCCAUCACUUGCUCUAUUCAUUCCUCAUAUCCCGGAGGUUUCUUCUAUCUGACAGAGUCUAAAUUGAACACCACUGUAGCGAUGCCAGCGUUUGGCCACUCGAUCUUCUACUUGGCAUACUUUGAAUUCCAAGCGAUAGAUUAUAAAAACCAAGGAGAAUAUUCCUGUGUCUACGGAGUUAACAUCUCCUCAAGGUCCUUCUCUUCUGUUCCCUCCAGGUCACUCCAAGUAACGGUCGCCGCAACAUCAUCCUCAGUCGCCUUAGGAGUGGUUGUGGGUGGUCUAGUGGUGCUGCUGCUUGUGCUGGUUACCGGUUACCUAGUCUGGAGAAAGAGACGAUGGGGUGCUGGUACCCUGGUUCAGUUUAGUAACAAGUUUGGAGGCGCAAUAAAGCAAGAUACGGAAGACAUGAGCAGUGGAGCACUUGAUGAAAGAGGCCAACAAACCCAAGUGAAUGAUCAUGCACACAGCCGCGGCCUGGAAGACCACAAUGCUGCUGAUGACACCCCUGUCGAGGGUGUCCCUGAAGACCUGGCUGGGAGAGUGUGUUAUGAGCUUGAACCACUCUUUCUCUCGUGAUAACCAAAUGCUUCAAGGAAAAAAAUAACCUAUGUCAUGCGACUUCACUAAAUUUAAAGAGUAACUAACAUAGCACCUGGUUGAAAAACAGGUUUUUAUGGCUGAAUGUUUUAAGUCUGUUGCACCAGAAACAUCACAUCCAGCAGUGAUGUCUCGGUUUAUCAACACACCCUGGCGUGCACUUCUACACCACCGCCGUAAAGAGAGAAGGGACCACUGGAGGGGGAAAUGUGAUUUUGAAUAACAUGCAUGACGCUGGUUUAAAUGGGCAACACGUAUUUUUGUUUUUCAGCGAGAUUCUGCCAAUCACAUAGCUACGGUCCACUGUCCUGUGGGGAAAUACUGAUUACAUUGUCUUUGUAUUGCGUGACAAUUUGCUUCUUUUCUUUUGAUGAAUGUGAUCUGAUAAAUACAUUUGUAUUUCUUACAACACUU